AUGAACAAAUCUCUUCUUCUAAAAUGGAAGUGGAGAAUCUUAAAGGAAGACAAGGAAAUAUGGAGUAGAUUUUUACUUUUGAGAUAUCAUAAACCAAAACUUAAAGUGUUAGCCGCUUGCAAGGACGCUUUAAACCGGGAUGAUUCUAGAUGGUGGAGAGACAUUAUUCUUAACGAUUUCAAAGAGGAGGAUUUGGUUGACGGUUUUAUUGAUUGGGUAAAAUGUGAUCUCAAGAAAGGUAACAACAUUCUUUUUUGGCAUAGUCGUAGGUUGGGUGAUCAAACUCUCCGCGUUUCUUUUCCGCAUUUGUUUGAUUGCACAACCAACAAUUUAUGCGCGGUGGGAGACCUCAUUAUUUGGAACAACGGUGCCUUCUCUUGGAACUUGGAAGCCAUAUUUGGAAGUGAUAUUUUGAUUCCCUCGGCUCCUAAUACCUCCACCUUCAUAUUUAUCGGUAUGGGCUCGGUUCUUGAUGAAGAACUAAGGGACUUAAAGAUGCUUCUAGAAGGAGUGGAGCCGGACAUUUCCGCAACGGAUGAAUUCCAUUGGAACCUAACCGCUACCGGAGCUUUCACGGUGUCUAGCGUUUCGCAUUUGGUGGCUAAUGCAAAGGAUCUAGCUUGGCCUAUUCACACCAUCAAGUUGUUGGAAGUUAUUUGGAAGUCAACCAUCUCGGCAAAGAUCAGGACUUUUUCUUGGAGAUUUCUUACCAAUAGGUUACCGCUAAAAGUUCAACUAGCCAAUAGAGGUGUGGCUAGUUUCACUUCCAUUGAUUGCCCUUUUUGCUCUAACCAUCCGGAAUCUUUGGAUCAUCUUUUCUAUCAAUGCCAUGUCUCAAACGCGGUAUGGAAUAGAAUCUUUAUUUGGUUGGGCGAUGAUGUUAACCUUUCUAUAGAAGAGUUCAAGAGUUUUGGGUCCAUUCAAGAAAAGGUGAAAAACACCAAAAUUAAAGUUAAUCUAAAUUCAAUUUGGAUGGCUUUAAUAUGGUGCACGUGGUAUAUGAGAAAUACCAUAAUUUUUGACAACGCCAUUUUUAGCUUUGACGAGGUGAUAUCUAAUAUAAUGUUUUUUUCGUGGAGAUGGGUUAGCAAUAGGGAAUCUCCGAGUAGGAUUAAUUUUUAUGAUUGGUAUAAAGUACCACUUUCUUUUACCAACACUUUCUAA